UCGAAUCCCGGAGAAGGCAUGGAUGUUUGUAUAUGUUUAAUAAAAAUUUGUAAAAAAACGUUUGUUGUUAAUUUCAAUAUUAACCCUCACGAAUUGGAGGAAACGGCGUUCGCCAAAGUCCUCAUCAUCUUUCUUCUUGUCUAAAAGGCAAGAUUGAUACUGAUACUGAUACUGAAAUGAUUGAUUGGAUCGAAAAUCUUAAAUAAGGACCAAUCAAAAAAUUGCUUUCUGCCAAAUCUGCGUCAAGACGGCUUUACUUUCUGCAAGUGCAUUAGGACUUCAUCUCGUUCUCUCGUUUUCCAGCGAGAAAUGACGCCAUUAUCGCGAUAUCCCGAAGGUACGUGAUUCUAUGUUAAUGCAUUUUGGCGGUAUAAGCAAAUAUGUGUGAACGAUAUUUAUAAGGUAUUUGUUUCUUCAUUUCCUAUCAUAAUAAAAGUGUCAAUAACAGAAAUCUUCACAAACGGUUCCAAAUGUUGCAGUUCAUACGAUGACCCAGUUAAUACCUAAUCGAGUGCUAUGUACUGUUGUUACUCUGAUGAUUUUACUAUUGUUUUUGAAAAACUGAAUUUCUACGUGAGAGUUGAUUAUGUUCAUGUUUACUGAGUAAAAAGUGAUUAAAAAUAUCAUGACAAUAUGUUUAAAUUGAGAAAAUGGAACCUCCCAAGAAACAACCGAAGAUUGAAAAUGGAGAUAUAAAGGAAAUGCUGAUGACAAUGCAGUUUUCAUUUAUAAAUAAGUUGAAAAAUAUAGAAGGAAAAAUUGAGAAACUUAGUUCUAAGUACUUUCUGUUGGAACAAAAAGUUGAAAGUAUUUUGCUGAAAGCUCAAGACCCUACUCUAAAGACACCACAGUCAAAUGUACCUUGUUCUUCUAGUAACACUUCAUGUAUAUCUGCAAAUGAUGAAGAAGCCUAUCCAGAAGGUUCCUGGCUGGGAGAUCCAAACAACCGUGAACUUCGUGUUAGGUGCAAUAUUAGUCCAACAGAUUUGGAACUCAUAAAUAAUAGUUGCCCAACUCCUGAAAAAAUGGCAUUGCUACUCUUAGAUUAUUUAUUUGAUCGAGAAAUUCAAGCAAAAUCAAAUAUAUCUGGAACUGGAAAACAUGGUAAACAACAGUUAGACCCUUUAAAAAUAUAUGGUAUAAAAUGUCAUAUUACAUAUAUGUUUGGUAUAAGUAACAAAGACUGGCAACGUAUAAAACAGAAUAUAGAUUCUAAAUGUCGGACAGCUUUUCAGAGGAAACAGAAAGGCAUGCCUCUUGUGGUCAAAGGUUGUCGUGAAAGGUAUAAAUGAAUUAAAAUUUUUAACAGAG